AUGGCCGAAGACAUGCAGAUAAAUCCCCAACGCGCGAAGCAACUCGCCGAAAACAUCGCCAGCAUAACCUCGCGCAUCAACGCCGUGAGCAAAGGCGGGAAACAGGUCCGCCUCAUAGCCGUAUCUAAACUCAAACCUGCAAACGACAUCCUCGCCCUUCACCAACCCUCCAAUCCCACGCAAACCCAUUUCGGCGAAAACUACGUCCAAGAGCUCCUCGAGAAGAGCAAGAUCCUCCCCCGCUCCAUACAAUGGCACAUGAUUGGCGGUCUGCAGUCGAACAAAUGCAAGCAGCUGGCUGAGCAGAUACCAAAUCUGUGGUGCGUUUCCAGCGUAGACAGCGAGAAGAAGGCGAACGAGCUGGAAAAGGGAAGGAAAGCUUUGGUCGAAAAGGAUGGGGACAAGGUAGAGGGGAAGUUGCGCGUCAAGGUGCAAGUCAAUACCUCAGGUGAAGAAGCGAAAUCUGGCGUCGAGCCCUCGGACACACUAUCCCUCUGCCGACACAUCAUAGACAAGUGUCCGCACCUCCAGCUCUCUGGUCUAAUGACCAUUGGUGCGAUUGCGAGGAGUAAGGAGACGACUGCGGAAAACGAGAACGAGGAUUUCGUCGCGUUGAAGGAGACGAGGGAUCAGGUUAUCAAGGAGCUGGGGUGGAGAGAAGAGCAACUGGAGUUGAGUAUGGGCAUGAGUGCGGAUUUUGAGGGCGCGGUUAAGAUGGGAAGUGAUGAGGUCAGGGUGGGGAGUCAGAUUUUUGGAGAGAGGCCACAGAAGAAGGAUGCUGUCAUCAAGGAGAAGGAGGCGCAGGAGAAGAGCUAG